UAAUUAGUUACUUUCGGAAUCAAGCUUUCAGUAGGCAUUAAUGCGCAUGCGCUUACAAUUUAUUUUAUUUACACAAUGGCGGAUCUUGAUGGUGAAUUGGGAAAACACGCAAGAUGGCAUUUUAAUUAUGCUAACUAAUUUUUCUGAUGUCGAAGGUCCUAAUAUUAUGUUAAAUCAAGGAGCGACAUCAUCCUGUAAUUGUUCAACAAUGAUGGGAAGUGUUUCUCACGAUUCGGCAGAAUUACUACUUAGUAAUCAAUUAGAAUCGACAUCAGUAUCUGGAUCCAAAGACGCGGGGAAUCAAAAGAAAUUGAGCUCUGGAUCUCUAGGAAGUGGAGAUGCCGCAAGACCAAAGCAAGUUACAGUAACCCAUCCAGGUACGACUAAAGCCAAACGUACAUCUAAAAAGAAAGGUUCAAUUCAAGCUGAUUUAGAUGUUGCUAAGGAGUUUCUGCGAUGCAAGGAAGAAGGUUCGACAAGACUCGAUCUUAGUAAAUCAAAUAUCAGCAUUCUUCCUCCAUCGAUGAGGGAGCUAACGCAUUUAACCGAAUUUUACUUAUACGGUAAUAAGAUCACGUCAUUGCCUGUUGAAAUUGGCUGUCUCGUAAAUUUGAGGACCUUAGCCCUGAGCGAAAAUUCACUUACCAGCUUGCCCGAUACUCUUGCAAAUCUAAGGCAGCUAAAAGUUCUUGAUUUAAGACACAACAAAUUAAAUGAAAUACCGGAAGUUAUUUACAGACUUACAUCAUUAGUCACUUUGUAUCUACGAUUUAAUCGUAUACGUUAUGUCGGUGAAGACAUUGCUAACCUUACCAAUUUAACCAUGCUAAGUUUACGCGAAAACAAAAUACAGGAGUUGCCACAGGGAAUAGGCAAAUUAACUCAACUUGUUACAUUUGAAGCAUCCAACAACCAUUUGAAGCAUUUACCUCCUGAAAUAGGUAACUGUGUCCAGUUGUCUACAUUGGAUGUUCACCAUAAUGAAUUAAUUGAUAUUCCAGAAACAUUAGGCCAGCUAGUUAAUCUUACAAGGCUCGGUCUGAGAUAUAAUCAAUUAGUUGAAAUUCCAAAAUCUCUUAGUCAGUGUGCUAAUAUGAUAGAAUUCAAUAUUGAAAAUAAUAAUGUAUCACAAUUACCAGAAGGUUUGUUAUCUAGUUUAUCAAACCUAACUAAUCUCACUUUGUCUCGCAAUAGCUUCACAUCUUUUCCUAUUGGAGGCCCAUCACAAUUUUGCAAUGUUUAUACUGUGAAUUUAGAACAUAACCAGAUCAGCAAAAUACCUUUUGGUAUAUUUUCUCGUGCCAAAAACUUAACCAAACUGAAUAUGAAGGAAAACCAGCUCACAUCUUUACCUUUAGAUAUAGGCUCGUGGUCUAAUAUGGUUGAACUGAAUCUCGGUACAAACCAACUCACUAAAUUACCGGAUGAUAUUCAUCGCUUGGAGUCCUUGGAAGUCUUAAUUCUUAGUAAUAACCUGCUCAAACGUCUCCCCCAGUCUAUUGGAAAUCUGCGAAAACUUAGAGUUCUUGAUUUGGAAGAAAACAAGCUUGAUAGCCUCCCAAAUGAUAUAGGCUAUUUAUGUGAGUUGCAGAAGUUAGUUCUACAAAGCAAUCAAUUGACUUCUUUGCCUAGAGCCAUUGGUCAUUUAUCUAACCUUACAAUGUUGCAUGUGGGAGAAAACAACUUAGCUUGUCUUCCAGAAGAAAUUGGAACUUUAGAAAACCUGGAAACCCUUCUUAUCAAUGAUAAUCCAAGCUUGCAUCAUUUACCUUUUGAAUUGGCACUUUGUAGUAACCUUUCAAUCAUGGGUAUUGAAAAUUGUCCUUUGUCUCAAAUACCUCCUGAUAUUGUAAAUGGUGGACCAUCCCUAGUCAUUCAGUAUCUCAAAAUGAAAGGACCCUAUCGCUCAAUGUAACAAUCCUUACUCAAAAUUUUUAAUGUUCUGCUUUUCCUACUCCGGGGGGCCUGAUUUUCCAUCACUUGAACCAAGGCAAUGGGGCGCUAGAAAAAAGGGGCAUAAAAUUCACAUUCAUGAUUUAUUUAAAAAUGAUAUUUUAAUGUUUUUCAACUUUAUGGAAAAAUAUUUAAGCAAUUUAAAAAUUUAUUAUCUUUUAUUGUGUAUAAUUUUUCAGAAUAAAUACCAAAAGUGGAAGCAUAAGCAAAUUAGCAGUACAAUUUUCAUCUUAAAAAGAAAUAGGUUUCUUCUAAGACAAUUUUGGUGAAUGUGUCCAAUGAGAAAUUAUGAAUUUUAUAUAAAUGUGAUUGUAAGAUUUCCAUUAAAAUUUAGUACAUUCAUUAUUAAUUAUACUUUGUAAAGGUAAAAUCUUUAAAUUUUCAAGUUAUUAUACCUAUAUUAUUCAGCUAUUAUAUAUAUUUUCAUGUUAUUAUAUAUAUAUCAAAAUUAUAUAUAUGGUGGAAAUACUUUUGCCUAAGGGCACCGGAGAUGGUUGGGCCGGCCCUGUUCCUACUUGUCGAAAAGGUCCAUAUCCACUGACUACUGUUAUAUUUCUGCAUAAGCAAGCUCUUAAGAAGCUUGGUAAAAAUUUUUGUUCAUGUUAAUGGCUCUGCUUAUUAUAACAAACAUGUUAUAUUAACA